AUGGAGGACCGGCGGGAUCUUAACAGCCCGGAUACGAGCGAAGGGGAGAGCGUUUCGCCGUCGCCCAGCCUCCCCUCGCCGCCCAUUUUGCCUCUGCAGGUCGCCCAGCAGGCCCACAGAACCACCAACUUUUUCAUCGACAACAUCUUGCGGCCGGACUUCGGCUGCAAGAAGGAGCUGGGCUCGGGGGCGAGGGAGCGAGCGCAGUCGUCCGGCCGGGAGCGCAGCCGCCCCGCGGUGGUGAGGCCCAGCCACCCCGGAACUCCGUGCCAGGACUCGAACUGCAGCAGCGACAGCACCUCGUCCUCCGCCUCCUCCCUGGCGCUGUCCCCGAGUCCCAAAAAGAGCUCCGCGGCCAAAGCGGAGGAGGGCUCCGGAGGAAUUGCCGCAGCCCCGAAGUUCGGGGAGAACACGUCCUCCUCCGUCGUGGUGCUAAACGGCGGCGGCGGCGGUGGCGGCGGCGGCGGCGCGGCUCCCACUCCGGAGACGCAGCCCCUGCUGUGGCCCGCCUGGGUGUACUGUACCAGGUACUCGGACAGGCCGUCAUCUGGCCCAAGGACACGGAAAUUGAAAAAGACGAAGAACGACAAGGAGGACAAGCGACCCAGAACGGCGUUCACGGCCGAGCAGCUGCAGAGACUGAAAACCGAGUUUCAGGCCAACCGCUACAUCACAGAGCAAAGGAGACAGUCGCUGGCUCAGGAGCUCAACCUCAACGAGUCCCAGAUCAAAAUCUGGUUUCAGAACAAACGGGCCAAAAUCAAGAAGGCAAGCGGUUUCAAGAACGGCCUUGCCCUCCAGCUCAUGGCGCAGGGAUUGUACAAUCAUUCCACCACCACCAUUCAGGAGGACAAGGAGGAGAGCGACUAG